AUGGGAAGGUCCUUCAUGUGUGGCAGGGACUUGAAACACUCCUCCUUCUGCCAGGGUUGGAGAAACUUCUACCUGUCUAUAUUUGCCGUUUUCCUGCUUGCAAACGUCAUUUCUAUCUACCGAUAUGCGUUUGAGCCGGAGAGCGACAAGAAGAGGGAGGAAAGGCUUGUACAGGCGGCGUGUGUGGGCUCGUUCCCCUUUAUCUCCAUCUUCCACCUGUUUCUGGUACUGUGUACGGACUGGGACACGCUCCACAUGACGACCUUACUGAGGAUCUUAGUGAAUGCCUACCUCGCCGGUGUAGUCGCCAUGGCGUUUUAUGGUCUUCAUAUUCCGGAAAGAUUCUUCCCAGGGAAACUGUGGUUUGCAGGUUACAGUCAUCACUGGUGGCACCUUGUCGCCACCUUGUACCAGCUGGGCUGGUACUAUGCAUGCUGGGAGUUAGAUGACGUCAUCCAGAGGGAGUCGCCAUGUUUAGAGUCUUAAUAUCAGGGAAAUUUUGAUUAGAAUUUACAGUUAUGAUUAACACGAUAGGUGUGAGGUAUAACGCACAUAUGCACAUCGUUUUUUUAGAAAAUAUAUACCACAAAGUGGAACGUGUUGUUUCUUGUCCUAUCACACAAAAAAGACAAAAGCAAUACGAACGUACAGAGUAUAUUCAAUCCACUGAUAAGCGUACCAAUUGCAUGGACCUCGAUACACUGACAACGCAAUAACCAUCGCUGCACAGCUAAAUAUACAGAAAAUACUAUAUACCACAUUAGGCAAGUAAUAUCUGAGGUACAGGCAUAAAUAUUUAUAUACAUGCCUUCUUAAAUCAUAUCUCAAU